GACAGGCGACGGCCGUGCUGUGCCGGGCAGCCGCCAUUGUCCUUCCGAUCGGCGUGCUCAGCGAUACUCGCGCCGAUGGCCGCUCUCCCAUCGCACGUUCUCCUCUGCGCCGCUGUGCUACUGCUGCUGCUGUGCGUCGUAUCCGCUCGGCCCGUGCGCACCAGGCAACCGUUCUUCGUCUACAACCCCAACAACACAGAUCUUAUCGAGGGAGACAUCAUACCUCCAAAGCAAAAGAAGCAGCGAUUCACCACCUAUGCUGUCGUACAUGACAGGACGCUGACCUGGCCAGAUGGAGUUGUGUUCUACAAAUACGAGGCUGAUUCUGAGAAUGAGAGUGAUAUUGCCUUCGAUGAUGAGGCCAAGGCGGUUAUCGAAGAAGCCAUGCAGCUCAUCCAGAAAAAAACGUGCGUCAGGUUUCAGACCCACAGCGACCAGGAGAACUUCGUCUCUAUAGCAUACAGAAGGGGACGCUGCGCUUCGAACGUGGGCAUGCAGGGUGGCGAACAGACGGUGGCGCUAGACCCGAGCUUAUGCAUGGAAUUGGGUCAGGUGGCGCACGAGUUCUUGCACGCACUCGGCUUCUUCCACGAGCACAGCCGGCCCGACAGGGACGAGUACGUCCGCAUAGUGUGGGAAAACAUCAUUAAGGCUUCCAACGAAAGCUUCUGGCGGAAAAAUGAGACGGAGGCAGACACGCUCGGCGAGCCGUAUGACUACGAGUCCGUCAUGCACUAUCCGCAUGAUGCGUUCAGUAAACCUGGGUCAGGGUCCACGUUGCUGCCCAAGGCGCCGGAAGUCCAACCGGAGACCCUAGGCAAGGCCUACAAAGAAAACUUCCUCACGGACACGGACAUUAGGAAACUCAACGUGCUCUACACCUGUGGCAAAGAGUUCUCCUGAGCCUUAGAUGAGAUUGAUUAUUAACAUUUUUUUAAUUACGCGAAGGGAUUUCACCCUUUCUUUGCCAAGGCCGAUGCAGUACUUUAAAGCCCUACCUUUAACAAACUGCAGUGGCAUCACAAGUUUGGGGUGAACUGGGGGUGCUCACGUACCCUCCAGCAGCUGGUCUGCGGAAUGACUGCCUUUUCAUGGACACUAAGCAAACUUGCAGAAGGGGCGUAACAAACGAUGCUUCCCACGCACCACGUUUUCGGCAGCUCCAGUGAUCCUGGCAAGAGGCGCAGGUCUCCAGCAAUCUAAGCAACGACAUGGACCGUGGACACGCUCUGCAUCUUUUCAUAUCGGUCAUCGCCGUGGCAGUUUUGAACUUUGCCAGGUCAUGAUAUAAUGUGGGGCACUAAAGAGAGAAGUACGAAGCUCAAUGUGGUAUUACUGAGCUCUUCGUUCUUGUAGGGGCGCAGUGAUGUCCAUGGUGAGUACUGCGCUGAAGAUAGUUUUUGCCGAAGUGGUUUAGAGAUCUUGCACAAGCUGUAACCUUUCAAUAUUUGCUAUGUUUUCCUUUUAAAUAAGGAAAGCUUAGCGCUAUGUGGCAAGCAAUCCAUGUCAUGCAUUUCAGCAUUCUGCACUUGUGCGAAUGAACUUCAUCGCUCUUUCUGACGUGUAGGACUGAAGAUAUCUUCUGCUGGUCGUUUCAGAGCGCUUCAAGAACACUACCGUUUCAUUAUCAGGGCUCCAACGGUGAGAGCUGUAGCUUAGGGGAGACAUUCUAUCUUAAACGCACACUAGAAGGCGUAAUCCGCUUUAUAAAGCCGUAGCAGCGAGUGCCAUCUUCUAGCACAAUGUUUUUAACCAAGGUUCGCACAGCUGUUAUUGCAAUUACUGACUGCAUUCCACUUAUCCAUCCACGUAAGUGCGUUGGCAGUGAUAUCAUCAUUACAAAUGUAGCAUUGUAUCAUUUCUAGAUGAGUCAGGUAUCGCAGGAACGUUUCUAGAGCGUUACUGUUCAUUACAGCUUCGCAAGAUGUCAACAGAGCUGCUAUAUGCGGAUGUCUUCCAGGGCCGUGAUAAUGAAACGAUUCUAUUUCAAUGAUAUUCCGUUUCGCUAUUCGUCAGUGGUCUGAGCGGGACCACUGUUAUCACCAGGAUCGACAGGCCGCGCACGGUGGAUGAUAAGAAAGGAAUAGAAUUAUGCGAAUGGAAACCUUUACAUUAUAUGGGGCAAGUUUUCAUGUGUGUGUCUUUGUUAGCACGUAUCCGCUAUGCUAAAGAGGUCUCAUCGCGAUUAGAGCCCACUUACUGUCGUAAUGCAGCUUUGUUGCUGUCUGUCGGAACUAAUGUAGCCCCUACCGGAGCACUCCGUACAACCAAUCGUGUUUGCCGUAAGAAUGCAACCAUGAGUCUUGUCAUAACAUGCGGGAAAUGUGUGAUAAGUAUUACACUGAGAAAUGGUUGAACACUAGUUCAUCGGAUCUCACGUCCAGGCGUACGGCUCCGUCAGCUGCUGACGUCAUACCUAGACGAAGCAGCUGAUUUCGAACAUUCCAUGGAAUAUUCCGAUUUUACUUACAUGGAAAAAGGACAGGGAAUCAAUAAUCCAUUAUUCAUUAAUGUGUCACGUUGCAUAAAAACAUUAAAUCAUUUGCCAAAAUGCUUAUUUAUUUCCUAAGCUUAGCCUUUUUCUGCGAAUACAACGUUCGCUAACAGAAUAAAAAAAAAAACUUAUUGAAGUUGCCUGUUAAUGCCACCUAUGGGACCACCAAUUUAACUCCGGAAAUAUUUUGUCAUUCAUUCAUUCUUUCAUCAUUCGUUCGUUUAUUUCAUUGUUUCACUUUUUAUUCGUUGAGAAGUGCUAGAAACAUUACCUUGUCGUUUUAAUUAUGCAAAACCGAACCUUUAUAACGACUGAACUAUGUCAGGAAAGCAAGAACGACACAGUCCGUAGCUCCGGCCAGUGGGGCCAUACCCGAGCUCACAUCCACGAUAUUAAUCUUAACCCUCCAGGACCUAGGCCUAUAACAAAAAACAAAAAAAAACUGAUAAUUCGGGAGAAGCGGAGCAAUCAUGACUGUCUAAAUUCCCCCUUUGUCCUGCAAUGCUUUUUCUUCCAUGUAUCACGUGCUUAUUUGCUACUUAAAGCCAGACAAUUCGAAAUCAUUUACACAACGCGAGUAUGGAGGAGACAAACUAACUAGCGAAAUUUUCCCAGUUUGAUCCACCUUUUUCCGAAAGAAUUAUAAUGCUCUUUUCCAUUCUUCAUCCGCCUCCGUGGAUCAGUGGCUUUGGCGUUUGUCUGUGAGCGCAUGGUUGUGGAUUUUCAUUCCCGGCGGUGGAGGCGAUACUGCGCAGGUUUGGUUGCACUAGCAAGGAAACUUGGGCGAGUUGCAGGUUGAAGAACAAGAGCUGGUCAGAAUUAUUCCGGAGCCCUCCACUAUGGCUUCUAUACUAACCUCCGCAUCGACUUGGGACGUUGAAACCCAUCGAUCAACUGAAACGAAGCACAUCAGCCAAACUUCGAAGAUAGCAUAAACCACACAAAGUAAAAGACUUGCCUGUCUUCCGCAGCUUACCCAUUUGAUCAAUUCACAAGUUAGUGUGGUUUAGAGAAUUUUUCAUAGAGGCGGUUUGUAAGUUUAUCCCAAGUGUGCGCACGGCGCUGUCCACUUUCCGAGUACAUUCAGUGUACAUUAUACUGGCUAACGAGCACCUGCCGCCUUCGUACACGACAAGAACGUCGCGGAUGCUGCGUUUUCCCAGCUUCUGCUUUUUCACAUUCCCGCGCGCGACAGCUGCCUAGAGAAGUUUCAACUUCACAGUUGUAGAUGGCGCCACAAGUAUCAAUCGUCAUCACAGGCGAUGGGGGCAAGGGGAUAAGAAGAGAGAGUGAGAGCGCGAGCGAGGGCCACGUGCGCCAGGGUCGGGGCAGGCGGGCAAGCGGACGUUCGUGGUUUCUGGAGGCACGAUGCGCGGAAUCAGUGGUGAGGGUGUAGCAACGCGCUGGACGCGUGACGUUUCUCACGGCCCCAAAGGCUUGGGAAAACAGUUGAAGUGUAUACUUUGCAAAUCUACGCCAGUGGCGUAGAUUUGCAAAUCCCACUACGCCACUACGCCACUACGCCGGACUGGAAUACUCUCGAUCAGUUUCGUCAGCACAGGGUUUGCCAACUCUCGCCGAAAUCGCUCGAGAAGGUUUUACGCAAUGCCACUGCAUCUAAAUGUGGCUGCAGUGCCUGGGAAUCGAACUGCGAGAUGGUGUUCAAUAGCGGGAACCUCUUCGCUCCUGAUCAGCAGGCAGAGAUUUCGGUUCAUGACUGGUCUUCGAAUAAACGACCGACAUUCGCUAUUGAUUUGGGGCAAUACAACCAUUCAGAAAUGUUCGUUGCUACCGAGGAUCACUGAGCAGGCCUGAAAAAGGGCGAUGAGCCCCCGUGAAUGGCAAUUGGCUUGCGCUAGUGGGCAUGCCUCAAGAUUUUGCCAACUCCAUCUCGGUUAUAAAACUUCUUUCCUACUCUUCGUGGCAUACACUUUCAAGCAGAAUUCCGGAGGACGGCGUUCUCCUGGCUGUUUCCUUGCGAAGUAAAUAAAGCUUCCGGAAAGCUGGAGCAGCAGUAAGGUGGCUGGCUCACACUUGGCCUAUAUCGAGGGCUGCUUUGGUUUUGUAUCUUCAUUUCUUCUUGGGAAGCAGGCGUUUUAGAAAACUGCUCUUCACUAUGUUUCUUGGUCCCUCUAAAACUUUACAAUAAAAAUGCUUGGAGCAUAAUUUCAGGAAUUAAGAGACAGAGAGCCAUUGAUGUUGUAGUGCGUAAUAAUUAAUGGACCCUGCAGGAACAAAAAGCCUACUUGGGCAAGUUCUUCUUCGCCAUGCGCUACACUAACAAUUAUGUCGUAUGUAAAGGACUCACCCUCAGAUUCCUCUCUGAAGGCACUGCAUGCUGGGUACCUUCAAGGAAAGGAUGAGAGCGUUAAGUCUAACGCCACCCGAGUGACAAAAGUGACGCUGUGAACUGGUGUGUAAAUGCGCGCUUGUUGCUGCGUCAUCUUGGAAUACCAGUGUAGCGCAUACAACACGAGCACAACAGAAUGCACGUGAACCACGGACUAACGUGAACACACGGACGCGGCGUUAUGUGUUCAUGUGCUUUCUAUUUUCCUCAUCUUGUAUGUGCUGCACUAGUAUUCCAAGAUUACGAUGUGAGCUUGCUCUGGGUUGGUCUAUCGAGAGGCCUACAACAAGGUAGUUCAUUGCCAGUUAAUAUUCAGUUCCAUCUGUGAAAUUGUUAGGAACGUGUUUCAAUUCUGCUCGUCGAGGUAGUACAUAGAGUAUUGCGAGGUAGUACAUAGAAAAUAUUUAUUCGUAGGUACUGUCACGAUUGGCGGGCGUCCUCUCUUACGAACAAUUCAAGCGCGUAAGAACUUUUUUUUCCAAUACGGGCCCAUAAGAAAGCAUGUCGCAAAAGGUUUAUGUAUGCGCCGGACAGCAACUUGUUUUCUUGUCCUUCGAAAAGAUGCUUCUAAACCUGCCGUACUGUUCAUUUUCAAUUCUUUCAACGGUGAACUGGCACAAAGGUAGACUUUCUAUGCAACCCGUUUUUCGUGUUUAGUUGCAAAAGUUAUGUGCACGAUGUGUAAGGAAAGCGUCGUUCUGCUAUAUGAGGACAAAUAACGUUCACUCUCACACAAAUGUUAAAGGACGCGCUGUGUUUCGAGGACAUGCGAAAGGCAACAUUUAACUAUCCAAACACGCAUCCGCUUUCUUUUCCAACGCUUUUUACAUGUUACGCCUACUUUUACGGAUGUUAUGUAAUGUUUACCCAAGUGCCUGUACCUGCGACUUUCUUUUAUUACCAUUGUUCCUUUUUUAACAGUUAUACGUAAGGAGAUACCGACAUGAAGGAAUGGUGCCGGCGACCUCUUGUGGCUUUAGUGCGUCAUCUUCAUUUUACUGACUUUCGUUCUUUGUUGCUACCGGGAGGAAACAGGACGGGUACCAUUGCUCUUCGUUUCAGAAGAACUGUCGAAGCACGACUUCACUCCAGUGCCGUUGCAGGGUGCUGUUUCUAGUCAUAUAUAAUUUUGCGCAAACCUAGGUCCCUUGUACAAAUACUGUUGUCCUAGCUGCAUAAAGUGCAAUACUUAUCCUGUAAUCCUGUAACAACUGUAAUAGUUCCACAUGUUGACAUGAGCAUGGUAAUAAAAUACAAUC